GAUGUUAUUGUCGAGACAAAGAAGUGAAUUCACAGAUAUAUAGCAAGCUCUCAAUAAGAGUGAGGCAGUCUGAACAGUGACAUGAUCAGCCUGAAACCCGGAGGGAAUUUAGUUCUAAUUGGAAUUUGUGGAAUUGUUGGCGAUAAUAUUGAAUUAUUGGAAUUUACCUAACAUUGAAAUUGAGAGGAAUUUAAUUAUCUCUGAAUGCAAAGACUGACCUGGAAUUUGAAUGAAAUGGAAUUUCCUGGGAGAGGGAAUUGAAUUUUUGGAAUUAACCCCAACCCUGGUCUCCAGUCCAGUUAACUGUAUGAGCUUGGUCCGGUCCUGUCUAAGCUGACAGGGGAGUGGGUCCUGGGUGGGAGGGGAGUGGGAGGGGAGUGAUGGCUAAUUCAAAGCAGGGAUGUAAAAGUGUACACAAGAGGGCUUGGAAUAAAGUGCUACUAGCAAUAAAAGCCUGGAGACCUCUUGCGGUUUUCAUCACUUUUCCCCUUUGAUCUGGCAGCUUGUUUUAUCAAUAAACACAAUAAAUGGUUGCUUCCAUGAUUGUGGCCUCAGUGGCUUGUCUUGUUGCACAGGGUGUGAGAGAUAAUGGCAUUAAAUGCCUGUAGAUUGUUUUGCUUUGAGAAAGUAGCUACUCGAGCAAAACAUGCUGUUAAUUUAUGUUUUGAUGUCAGUCGUCCACCAAGGAUUUGUGUCAUCCUGUAGGAAUGUAUGAUUCAUAAUUUUAAAGUAGUUUCUUUCUCCUUAGUAUUUUGACUUCUGACCAAUUAUUUCUGAAGCUUAUUGGGAAAGUUUAGUUUGUGUUAGCAGAUUUGUGUAUAAAGUAGACUAAACUCAGAUGAUAAAACCAAGUGAAACAGAAUGGGUUUUCAAGCCCAAUAAAUCUAAAUGCAUAGCAAUAUUAAUGUAUUACAUAUGCAAAAGCAUGAGGUCACAGCAAAGGUCAAGGGUGAGUGACCCGCUCCAAACAAUUUUGCCUGUUCAUUCCAAAUGGAAUGAGAGAAAAGGCUCAACUCCCCCCACCCUCCCAACAUUCUUUCAGAUCUGAAGGCCUACAUGGAAAAUGACUUUCCCCCCACUUUUAGUGGAAGGAAAUCUACAACAACAGUUGUCUACAUUUGCAAGGUAACCUGGAGGAGACAGUUUGGCGUAAACAGUGAGCUGAAUAGUGUUUCUGUAUGUAUGGGCCAUGAGAAGAGAAGACUAGUGUUUUAACAGUGUCUUUGAGUGACGUUAAUGGUACCAGGAUGUCGCACUUCCAUAAAAAACCUGUGUGAGCCAUGUGAAUGUUUACAUGGAUGUUUUAGAUUUGUACUUGUUUGGGUUGUUUUACUCUAUUCUUCCUCUCCUAAGAGGAAUGGAAUGUCCAUAAAACAACAUUCAUCAUUAAUUUCUGAUCUAACCACAAUACCAUUAUGAUUUUCAAAUUGAAUUUAGUCAACUCAACAUUCUGCAAUCUGAAAACGCUUAUUGAAUAUUCAUUUUACGUUUGUUUUUAUUUCAGGCACUGUGAAGGUGAAAAGUAGUGGCAUUCAAGUUGGAGACCUUAUAAUCGUGGAAAAGAACCAGCGAGUUCCUGCUGACAUGAUCUUCUUAAGGACCUCUGAAAGAAAUGGCUCCUGCUUCCUGCGUACUGACCAACUGGACGGAGAGACGGACUGGAAACUACGCCACCCAGUGGCCUGUACUCAGAGGCUGCCCACUGCUGCUGAUCUUCUCCAGAUCAGAUCCUAUGUGUAUGCAGAGGAACCAAACAUUGACAUCCACAACUUUAUUGGCACUUUCACCAGGGAGGAUGGAGACCCUCCAGUCAAUGAGAGUCUCAGUAUUGAGAAUACCCUUUGGGCCAGCACUGUCAUCGCCUCUGGCACUGUGGUAGGAGUAGUUAUUUACACAGGCAAGGAACUCCGGAGUGUGAUGAACACCUCAGAUCCAAGGCACAAGGUUGGCCUAUUUGACCUGGAAGUGAACUGUUUAACCAAGAUCCUGUUUGGGGCUUUGGUGGUGGUGUCUCUGGUCAUGGUGGCCCUCCAACACUUUGCCGGCCAUUGGUAUCUGCAGAUCUUCCGCUUCCUGCUGCUUUUCUCCAACAUUGUCCCCAUCAGCUUGCGUGUGAACCUGGACAUGGGUAAGAUGGUGUUCAGCUGGAUGAUCAGAAGAGACUCCAAGAUCCCUGGUACGGUGGUCAGGGCCAGCACUAUACCUGAACAACUGGGACGCAUCUCCUACCUGCUCACUGACAAAACAGGGACUCUUACCCAGAAUGAGAUGGUGUUCCGUCGCCUCCAUCUUGGAACGGUGGCCUAUGGAAUGGACUCCAUGGACGAGGUGCAGAGCCACGUGUUCAGUGCCUACACACAGCCCUCUCAUGACCUCCCAGCAUCCAGAGUUCCGGCGGCCACUAAGGUUCGUAAGACCAUCAGCAGCCGUGUGCAUGAGGCGGUGAAGGCCAUCGCCCUGGUGCACUGUGUGACGCCCGCGUAUGAGGCCAACGGCGUGGCGGACCAGGCCGAGGCAGAGCAGCAUUAUGAGGACACCUGUAGGGUUUACCAGGCUGCCAGCCCAGACGAGGUUUCGCUGGUGCAAUGGACAGAGAGUGUGGGUCUGACCCUGGUCGGACGGGACCAGAACUCCAUGCAGCUGAGGACUCCUAGUGGACAGAUCCUGAACUUCACCAUCCUACAGAUAUUCCCUUUCACCUAUGUUAGCAAGCGAAUGGGAAUCAUAGUUCGAGAUGAGUCUACAGGAGAAAUAACCUUCUACAUGAAGGGUGCAGAUGUAGUGAUGGCAGGCAUCGUCCAGUAUAAUGAUUGGCUGGAAGAAGAGUGUGGAAAUAUGGCCAGGGAAGGCCUGAGGGUCUUAGUCGUUUCCAAAAAGUCUCUAACAGAGGAACAGUACCAAGACUUUGAGGCCCGAUAUGUCCAGGCCAAGCUGAGUGUGCACGACCGGUCUCUGAAGGUUGCCACGGUGAUCGAGAGCCUGGAGAUGGAGAUGGAGCUGCUGUGUUUGACAGGGGUGGAGGACCAACUGCAGGCUGACGUACGGCCCACCCUGGAGAUCCUACGUAAUGCAGGCAUCAAGGUGUGGAUGUUAACUGGAGAUAAGCUGGAAACAGCCACGUGCACGGCUAAGAAUGCUCAUCUGGUGACCCGCAACCAGGAAAUCCACAUCUUUAAUUCGGUGACGACACGAGGAGAGGCCCAUCUGGAGCUCAACGCUUUCAGGAGGAAACACGACUGUGCUCUGGUCAUAUCAGGGGACUCACUGGAGGUGUGUCUGAAGUUCUAUGAGUAUGAGUUUAUGGAGCUGGCAUGUCAGUGUCCUGCCGUGGUGUGUUGUCGCUGUGCUCCGACCCAGAAGGCCCAGAUAGUCCGCCUGCUGCAGGAACGCACUGGCAAACUCACCUGUGCUGUAGGAGACGGAGGAAACGAUGUCAGCAUGAUCCAGGAAGCCGACUGUGGCGUGGGAGUGGAGGGCAAAGAAGGGAAACAGGCAUCGCUGGCUGCGGACUUCUCUGUGACUCAGUUCAAGCACUUGGGCAGACUCCUCAUGGUCCAUGGGCGGAACAGCUACAAGAGAUCCGCCGGCCUCUCCCAGUUUGUCAUCCACCGGAGCCUGUGCAUCAGCACCAUGCAGGCUGUCUUCUCCUCUGUCUUCUACUUUGCGUCUGUCCCCCUCUACCAAGGAUUUCUCAUUAUUGGCUACUCCACCAUCUACACCAUGUUCCCUGUGUUCUCCCUCGUGUUGGAUAAAGAUGUGAAGUCAGAAGUAGCUAUGCUCUAUCCUGAGUUAUAUAAGGAUCUCCUAAAGGGUCGACCUCUGUCCUUUAAGACCUUUCUGAUAUGGGUCCUAAUAAGUAUCUACCAAGGCAGUAUCAUCAUGUAUGGGGCAUUGCUGCUGUUUGAGUCAGAGUUUGUCCACAUCGUGGCCAUCUCCUUCACCUCUUUGAUCCUCACGGAGCUGCUGAUGGUGGCGCUCACCAUCCAGACAUGGCACUGGCUCAUGAUCGUAGCCGAGCUACUCAGUCUGGCCUGCUACAUCGCCUCGCUUGUCUUCCUCCACGAGUUCAUAGAUGUAUAUUUCAUUGCCACGAUGUCGUUCCUGUGGAAGGUGACGGUUAUUACCCUGGUGAGCUGUCUGCCCCUCUACAUCCUCAAGUACCUGCGCAGACGCUUCUCACCUCCCAACUACUCCAAGCUCACCACUUAGAGAGGGAUGGGGAGGCAGCUGUCCCCUCUGCCGCCGCCACCAUACAGUACCUCCAUCCCUGCUUCUGUGCACUGGGAGAGAGGUCUCUGCUUUCACUCCUCCCUACCUCUCUCAUCUAAUGGAGCAUAUCUUUAUUUGGACCUAAAGGGUUCCCUUCCCCUUUAAUUUAUUCUUAAAGGUUAUUGUGUAAUUGGAAGACGUGUGUAGGAAGGUGUAGGAAGAAAAAAAGUUUGUUUUGAGAAGAGAGAAUGUUGUGCAAGUCUACAAUACUCCCCUUGUUUAGAUGUACAUAUUUGGUAUGUUUCCAGACUGAUUGGAUUGGUGGUUGGAUUGACUAUCGCUGGUUGGGAAUUCCAUACCACGUAGACUGAAGCUGGAACCGGAAUUCUGUGUUUUGCCAUGGUAACAUGUCUAGAAAUGUGUGAAUACCAUCAGGAAAUAGGUUCCAUAAUGUAUUAACAGAGGGCUAUGUGUGCCUCUUAAUCAUGGACUGACUCACCAAACAGGAUUUCUAUAUUUCCUAUAUUGUUGAUAUCUAAACAUCAGGCCUAUAGAACUGUAACAAGGAACGCCUGCUUGGAUUUGACUAACAUACUUGCAUAAAAAAAUAAUACAUGCUUGUCAGUCUGAAAUGCAUUGAAUUGGUAAUUAUGUUUUAAUUGCACAUAUUUCUUAAAACUAAUUGUUGUAGUUACAUUGGAAAUAUAGUGGGAAAUGUAAUUAUUUUAUAUUCCCCCCCUAAAAUUUUGACAUACAGUAUACUGUAAUAGUUACAUUACAGAUACAAAAAACUUUACGGCACAAUCUGUUAAUGGAUAACAUUGUUAUUGAAGUAGCAUUUCUCAAGGACUUUAUGGAAUUUGAUGUUAAAAACAGUUCUGAGGUUUAAAGAUGGAUGCGUGAACUGAUCAGUUCUGUUUGUGUAUGUGUUUGUGCGUCACUUAAAGAUUAUAACCCUACCAAGUGGAGGUGGCUUGGUGGUUCAAUAUAGCAUGGUAACCCACAGGCUCAGAUGUCAAAGUGUGUAUGUCUGUCAUUUCGUACUUCAGGGCGGCGAAUGGUAAAACAGUUUGUCUAAACUGAAGAGCAUGGUCAAUAUUCAGCCACUAACAAGAUGUUAUUUGUAGCCAAGACGUAUAUUCCACGUUGGCCCCCGGAUUAGCUGUGUCCUCUAGGCCAGGGUCCGUAGGCUACCCUGUCAUGUGGCCACUGCCCACUCCUGACGCCAGUUCUGGCCACACUGUAUCAUUGCAUGAUUCACUUUAGUUGUGACAUGAAGCCAAUUCAAGCCAUAGCUGAAAAUACUCUGACCACCGACUGGUUGACCCCUCGCCUACCCCCACAAUUCCCACUGCUUCUCCCCACAGACACAGACAUGUCUGGAAUAUAGAAUAACACUUCACCUGCUCAGAGUGGAUGGCCCAGGAGAAUGUGUUGACGUUCAAUAUGUAUUAGUACACAUUUGAAUAAAAAAAUACUAAAUUCCUCCCAUACUGUUCCUCCCAAUUCCUACCAUUCAGUAAAUUCAGAGACUGGUACUAAUGACGUUGUGUUGUAUUAUCUCCAUUUAUAUUAUUUUAGCUAAUUUGAUGCAUUAUAAAGAUGUAGCCUAAUACCAUGAUGGGGUUACUGUUAAAAUGUGUGAAUUAUUUGAGUCCAACAAUGCAUGCAGUGUGGCAUAACUACUAAUUCACUGAUUUAUUGUACAGUUCCCACUGGACACAGAUGUACAUUUCAUUGAAAUGACAUGAAAACAACGUUGAUGGAACCAGUGUGUGCCCAGUGUGUUGGAAUUACAGGCAUUUUGUAUUGUGUAAUCUACUGUACAUCUCCUUAUUUUAGUUGACGUUUCAAACAUUGAAACAUUUUGACAUGCCUUUUUUGCACAGAAUUUUGUUAGCACUGACAACUACUUUCUUUUAUAAUGUGAACUUUGGAGGUUUCAAACCAUCAAUUGUGGUAGAAUGACACUGCAUAAUUGUAAAUAACCUAUUUUAUUUAUUAACCUUGAUCAUUUUGUGUUGGUAUAAUUGCACUCUUAUCAGCAGAACAACAAGGAGGAUAGUAUUGAAUUGUGGAUAUCAGUGGUGAUCAAAUAAAUCUUAAUGUUUUUUUC